GUGCAACAGAACAGGAGCGACACAAACAUGGGACUGUCUGUUUUUGUACAGAUUUUGUCUUUUGUUUUUUGUGUUACAAUAAUAUAUAGUAUAGAAGGUUCAUCUGACGUCAUAGUAAGAAAUAAUAAAGACUGUGAAAAAUUCAAGUGCAUACCGAAAUGUUGUAACGCGACCGACUAUCUACUAGUCAACGUAACAAGAGCCUGCGUCCCUUACACGGGUACCUUUGAUUUCCACAAUGUGACAGUCUACAAUGAUGACAUAUAUGAAAUCGGAAAAUCUUUAAGAGAUAUUUAUCAUUUGACACCGGGUAUGUUUACGAACAGUACUUUUAUGGAAAAUGCACUGGAUUUUAAGCCAUCGGGAUUAAACACUUAUUUGACAGUGGAUGGAAUAGUGUAUUUGGAAAUUCCAAACUCAUUUAGAAGAUGGAUAGCUUUGGAUACCAAACAUUUUUGCGUUGAAUACGUUCAGUAUGUGCGGAAGGAGAACAUCAGUGAUAUAAGCACUAGAUUCUUUAUAGUCCUUGACCCUGAAUAUAUGCCAGAGAGUAAUGCGUUCUUCACUACUGCACUGCUGAUCUCUUGCGUGUUUCUGGCUCUAACAUUAAUCGUGUAUUCACUACUGCCUUCAUUGAGGAAUCUUGCCGGCAAAGUGCUGAUGGCAUAUGUUGGGAGUUUGCUGGGAGCAUUCUUGUUGCUCUCCAUCAUACAGAUCGAGGACCACACAGUUGCGUCUUGUAUUGGCUUAACCUUUUCUACGUAUUUCUUCUUCUUAUCGAGCUUCUGCUGGAUGAAUGUGAUGUCUAUUGACAUUUGGUGGACUUUCAGAGGUUAUGCAAAAGCCCGUCCGAUUCAUCGACGAGGUGAAAACUUCAAAUUCUGUAUGUAUAGCAUUUACGGCUGGGGUUUGCCGCUACUUAUGACGAUAGCAUGCGCCAUUCUUAAUGAAAUCGAUGUUUCUGGCCUUCCCUGGUUGAUAACACCAAAGAUUCCUAGAAGUGGCUGUUUCUUAGAAGGGGGUGAAAAGCUGUUAUAUCUUUAUGUACCGAUGCUCCUACUAAUCACUAGUAACUGGGUAUUCUUCUUGAUGACGACAUUUAACAUCUGGCGACUGAGUCGCGGUAACGCCGUCCUAAACUCAGCCGCGGCUGGCAUGCCCUCCGCGCAUCGCUUCCAACGACACAGAUUUUCCGUAUACUUAAAGCUGUCAGUGAUCAUGGGAAUUAACUGGAUAUUGGAGGUGGUGAGUUCUCUGAAGCCGCAGUUGCAGUUUUGGUACAUCACCGAUGCAUACAAUUUAAUGAUCGGUUUGGCCAUUUUUAUUAUCUUUGUGUGCAAAGCCAAAGUCAACAACCAGCUGCGUAGGAUGAUCAGUGACCGCUGGAGUAGCAAGGGGACGGCUUCGGGGGCGCUCUCGCGAAAUCAGAACAGCAGUAUCACCAUGGACUCCACUCUAAGCGCAGACGACACGAAAGUUAGCUUCAACCCACAAAGGAGUUGGAAAUAAAAGCAUCACAACUAUUACUAUAAUUUUUAGAUUACAAUAUUUCUAAUAUGUUAAAACAAGUUUUUGUCGCUUUUUAAU